AUGGAACUAUUAGCAAGGUCUUGUAUGCACACACAUGCACAUGCAGUGAGGAUAUGUAAUUGGCAGUUUCUUAAGGAGUCUCUUCAUGGUCAAUUACCAACUAUCUAUUCCUUUUGUGCAGUCAGAGAGGUGGCAAGGGCAGUUGCCAGGAUAAUAGCUCUUGCACUUGAUCUGAAGGUUGAUUUCCUUGACCAGCCAGAAAUGCUUGGCGAGCCUAUUGCAAUCUUGCACUUACUACACUACGAAGGUGGAAUUUCAGAUCCAUCAAAGGGGAUAUUUGGAGUUGGAGCUCAUUCUGACUAUGGUUUGAUUACCCUCUUGGCAACAGAUGGCAUCCCAGGUCUCCAAAUAUGCAAGGAUAGGGAUGCUAAGCCUCAGAUAUGGGAAGAUGAACCAACACUAAAAGGGUGA